AUGGCGGAGGAGCUGCAGAGCCCCAGGCAGUUGCCCAGGAAGCAAGCAGUCAGGAUGCGUGUCCACUUCCAGAAGCGCAAUGAGCGCAACGACGGCGCAACAGAGUCCUCCAGUUCUCCAGAGGAUGUCAGUGAAUCUGGGGGGCCUGAUGAAGAGGCAAUCACCCGGAAGCCAGUGACAUUGGCUGACGUGGUUGAGGAAGAGAGCAUAACGAGGGGGCUUCCAGUGCAGCGCCACAAGAGGGGUGCAGACUGGAGGGAGGGAGCCUGGGAUGCAGGGUACAGCAGGGACGCAGCUGUUGGCAAAGAUGCAGCAACAGGCCUUUUGCAGAGAGGUUCAGAUCUUGCACAGAAACGGCAAGGAGCAUCACUUGGCAACGCGGCUGGGGAGGAUGAAGAAGAUGGAGGUUUGGAUGACAGUUUGGGACAUGAGGGAGGAGACGGUGAUCAGGAUGAUGUCACUGCGGAGCAGGGCUCAUCAAUUGGGAAGACAGCCAGAGGCAGCAGCCGCAGUAGGACAUAUGAAGAGGGCAGCGAUGAGGAGGUGGCAGCCCCGGAGGAUCAGGAGGAUCAGGAAUUAGAGGAUCCAGGCAAGGGGAGAAGAUGGUCAGAAGCUGAUGAUGACGAUGGAGAGGAGGGGGCUACCAAGGAGGCCCCUGCGCGCUUGAGGAGAGCAACUGUCAGGGGACAAGGGAGCGCGGCGGCCGCCAAGGAAGGUUCCAUGGACCGGCCAAAGCAGGUUGGGAGCAGGGUGAGGAGAUCUCUGCCACGGGGAAGCAGCAAGAGGAAGCAGUCGGGGAAGCAGAGAGCAGGUGGGAGAACGGCCAAGAAAAGACGCUCGGCGGCUGUCGGCGAGGAUUCGGACAAGGCGGCAAAAAACAUCACGGUGCGGCCGGCGCUGCUGGGAUUCAACCUCACAUGGGGCGUUCUGGAGGGGGAGGAGGCGCUGUACAAGCAGGAUGUGGCGAGCAUAUCGCCUUCAGCGCUGCAGGGCCAGACCGACAGGGCCCCUGUGGCGCAGCUCACUGCCGCGCUGGCCAACAGUCGCAGCCGCGACGGCAUUGUGCUUGUCACGUGGGCCAGCGCUGCCUACCUGGACUUCCUGCGCAACUGGAUCCACCACCUGACCAUCCUGGAGGUGGAAAACUUCCUCAUAGGGGCCAUGGAUAAUGAGGUGUCGGAGUAUCUGCGCCAGCAGAACAUUCCAUACUUUGACAUGCAGGCCGGCAUGUACUCUGACAUGCAAGGUCACCUGAUGAAGGGCACGAAAGCAGCGCGGAUGUUGGCCUUCAACAAAAUCGGCGUGGCCCAGACGCUCAACACAUUUGGGCUGGAUGCGCUGCUGUGCGAUACGGAUGUGGUCUGGCUCCGGGACCCCUCUGACUAUUUCUCAGGGCUGGAGGAGGCGGACAUUCUGGUGGCGACAGAUGGCCUUGGAGUGUCGAAUACCAAGGACGACGACGGCCUGGAGAGUCCAGAAGCCGCGCUGCGCCACCAGAUGAGCACAGGCAUCGUGUUCCUGCGGCACGGUCGCGGCGCCCGCAAUUUCAUGGACGCGUGGGACAGCGCGCUGCGGCGCAACGUGAGCCGCACGGAGCAGCAGGCCUUCAACGCGGUCGCGCGCGUCGGAGUGAAGCCGCUAAAGACGCACCCGGACAACUGGCGCGUCUUCUACGGCAUGGGCCGCACCGUCACCUUCGGCAUCCUGCCCGCCUCCGGCUUCGCCAACGGCCACUCUUACUUUGUUCAGCGCCUCCAUGACGUGAUGCGCGUGUCGCCGUACGCGGUGCACAUGAGCUAUGUGUUUGGGGGCGUGGCGGCCAAGCGCAACCGGCUGCGCGAGGAGCAGAUCUGGCUGGACGACCGUGAGUACUAUGACCAGAAGCGGCUGCUGACGCUGGACAUCCAUGUGCCUGCCAUCCCCGACAACUUUGAGCGCCUCAAGAACGACUACAUGGUCGAGCUGCACCUCAAGCUCAUGCAGCACCAGCUCGACCAGCUGGUGGUGGGCUUUGCCAUGGCGAUGACGCUCAACCGGACACUGGUCAUGCCGCGCCUCGUCUGCUUCUGCGACCGGUUCUGGAGUCCGCUGGAGAGGUGUCGGGCACCGGGGGCGUCGCGGACGCAGCUGCCCUUUGUGUGCCCGCUGGAUCAAAUUCUGCGCCCAUCCCACUUUGGCGAUGAUCCGCAGCUCUACGGUCCGCCCAUAGCAUUCCGAGAGCACUCCUUCUGGGACAACCCCGACACACCCGCAGAGCUCAAGGAUAACCAAGUGGAGGUGGUGCCAGUGGCAACGAGGGAGUGGAAUCCUGCGAAAAGGAUGGGCAACCAGCUCACCAUACCUGCAAAUCUGUCCGAUGAGGAUUUGCGGAGGACACUGCAGCCACACGAUGACAUCAAGGUGCUCAUGGUCAGGAAUGUGACAGGCAUCUUCCGCGGCUUCAGUGACAUGACUGCUGCUGACGGCUUCUGGCGCAGAAUGGCGCACAUUUCCUCGAUUUGGUGCUGCAACUAUGAUGGAGGAAUCCCCUACAGAAUGGUCCCCAGGCUCACAGCAGCAAAUGCAUCUCUCUGA